AUGGCAAAAGGCAACGCCACACCACCCAUCGCUCGCCGCCGGGCCAACGCCGUGACACUCCUCCCCACCAAUGUGCCCCACCGCUUCCUUCGCCUGCUGGCCGCCAUCCCGAAAAUCGUCCGCCGUCGCCGUCGCCAGCGCAGCCUCAUCGCCGUCUCCCCCUCCUUCCGGCCGCCGCUCCGGACCUCCGAGAAGCCUAGAUGCGGAAUCCAAUCCCGAACCCCUUCGCCGACCCCGACCCGCGAGGUCGAGGCGCCGCCGAAGCCGAAGCGCCCGGAGGCGGAGCAGCCGCCGCAAGAGGAGCCCGCCGCUGCCGCUGCCGCGGGCAAGUACUGGGCUCACCGGCACAGCCUCUUCUCCCUGUACGACCGCGGCGUGCUGAUGGACGCCGAGGGCUGGUACUCGGCCACCCCGGAGGCCAUCGCCGCCGCGCAGGCCGCCCGCGCCUCCCCCGCCGGCCUCGUCGUCGACGCGUUCGCCGGCGUCGGCGGCAACUCCAUCCAGUUCGCAGCCAGGGGUUGCUACGUGGUCGCGGUGGAGAUCGAUCCCCGCAAGGUGGAGCUGGCGAGGCACAACGCCAGGAUCUACGGCGUGGAGGACAUGAUCGAGUUCGUGGUCGGCGAUUUCUUCCGGCUCGCGCCUUCCUUAAAGGCAGAUUUGGUGUUCCUUUCACCACCAUGGGGAGGGCCAUCAUACAAUCAGACUCCUAUUUACACCCUCGAUAUGUUGAAGCCAAAAGAUGGGUACACGUUAUUUCAAGCAGCUCAGAAAAUAGCCCGUAAUAUCAUCAUGUUUUUGCCACGAAAUGUGGACAUAGUCCAAGUAGAGGAGCUAUCCUGGUUGUGUUCUCCUCCCUUAGAUUUUGAGAGUGAAGAGAACUAUGUGCAACACAGAUUCAAAGGAAUUACUGCGUAUUUUGGAAAUGCAGCACGGUGACCAAGACCAUCAUCGAGGUUGAAAUCAAGAACAGUGAGAUAUUCUUCACGAGUGCCCCUUCCCCGCACAGUACCCAAAUUUGGGCACGAGAAAUUAGUCCCGUA